CUCAGUUAUUAUUUUAAAACAAUAGUAAAAUAUAAUCUAACCUAUCUCUAUUUCCCAUAAUUUUUAAGUCACAAGUAAUUAAUAAUCAACUGGGACAUGAGUUAUCGCAGUAGCAAUUUUGUUUCUAAAAAAAACAGAAAAGAUUCUGAGAAGAUUGUGAUGCGUUUCGAGGAAGGUGGCGUUUCACGCGAUACAGGUAUAUUGAUUGUGUGUGUAGGGUGGCCGGCAUGAGUGAAGGCCGACGAAUGGGACACAAUUUUCGUAACGGCUCUUUGCGAAACUCAAAACUGUUCGGAUAAACUGAACGAUGAGCAUGAAUAUGAGAUGAUGCCAGGCACAUCUCGCAAAUUGGGAACUUCGAACGGUGAGGACAAUUUGCAAUAGUACGAAAAUGUAUGGAAGUGAAAACUGGAGAGUUUUAUGCUGCCAAAAUUAUGAGAAAAAGAAGAGUUGCUAGAGGUGUGGCAGCUGAAGAUAUUGCUCGAGAAGCAGGUUUAUUAGCACGACUAAGACAUCCAAAUAUUGUUUCAUUGCACAAAGUCGUUGACACAGGCACAACGGUUGUUUUACUUUUAGAAUUAAUUUCAGGAGGAGAACUUUUUCAUUGGGUACCGUCUGGUGAAUUAGAGGCUGCACAUGUGGUUCGUCAAGUUUUAAUGGCUUUAAGCCAUUUACAUUCUCAUCAAGUUGCUCAUUUAGAUAUCAAACCUGAAAAUAUUCUAUUAUCAACCCCACCACCUAUGCCAAAUAUAAAAUUAAUUGAUCUAGGUCUUUCAUAUCGACUAAUACCUGGAUCUGAACAUAGAGCAUUAUUUGGUACACCUGAGUUUGUUGCUCCUGAAAUUGUAAAUUAUGAACCACUCAGUUUGGGAACUGAUCUUUGGGCAGUAGGUGUUUUAACAUACAUUUUGUUAAGUGGUGCGUCACCAUUUCUAGGUGAAGAUAAACAAGAAACUUAUGCGAAUGUUGCUGCUUGCCAAUAUCAGUUUGACAAUGAAUAUUUCAGUACAGUAUCUGAAAUUGCCAAAGAUUUCAUAAGAUCCUUGUUGAUCAAGGAUCCAAAGAGUCAGAAGCUUCUCAAGGUCUUGGUGGAGCAAUGAUUAGUGCUGUUAAACGAGGCUGUGUUGAGGCUGUGUCUCAGUUACUUCUGCAAGGAGCACCAUUGAAUGUGAAAGAUUUUAAAGAAGAUACGCUUUUGCAUAUAGCUUGUGAAGCAGGAGAUGAAGGAAUGGUAACUUUUUUAAUAGAAAACGGAAUAGAUUUGGACACACCAAACAAGAAAGGCUUAACACCACUACAUGUGGCUGCUAGACAUGGUUUCAUUAAUCUCGUUAGACAUUUGUGCCUUGCUGGUUGUGACGUUGAUAAAACAAAUCGUGGAAUUAGAGCGGAUGUAACAGCAAUCAAAUAUGGACAUCCUGAUAUUGCAUUGUUGUUGGAUAAACUUCGGAAUCCCAUUCAACGUGAAAAUUAUAUUAAACAGUUGCAACCAAUACAUAGACCAAUAGAUCGUUUACAUAUAAGACUUUUAGGACAUUGUGCAUCAGGAAAAUCAUCUUUAAUAAAUUCUCUAAAAUCGGGCAUUUUUAGUUUUGGGUUUUUUAGAAGAUCAAGAAGUCAGAAUUAUACUGCAAAAAGGGAACCAAGUAUUGAAUUAGAUGUAACUAGCAAGCAUGGCUCACUUAGUUUUGAAUACAGUGACAGUGAAUAUGAAGGUACACAAGGAGUAGAAUGGAGUCGCGGUAACGUAGGUGGAGAAUGUAUUUUUUGGGAAUUAUGCGGCCGGGAGGAAUUUUUAGCAUCUUAUCACUAUGUACUCACUUUUCAACAACCUGCUGUACACCUUAUUACAGUCAGUCUUAGAGAGCCACUCACUAUACAGCUUCAACAAGUAAAAUUUUGGCUACGAUUUAUUUCAGAUCGUAUUGCAUCAACUAAUUUCGGUUUUGGUGGCAAAUAUAAUGAUGUAAAAGUAAUUUUGGUUGGUACUUAUGCUCCAGAACCUCUUGCUCCAAAUACAAAUAGUGCAAGCCUUCUUGCCCCACUUUUACCUUUUUUGAAAGAAUUUACACUAAUUUUGGGAGAUGAACCCCAAAUCGUCGCGGUAGAUGCAACUAAUCCUUCUAGUCCUGGUCUGAAACUUCUAAGAUCUUACUUGAAUAAUGCAAGGAUGGAAUUUUUAGAGAGUGCACUAGUGUGGACUGGUCUUGCUGAAUCUUGGAGAUCAUAUGUCCAAUCUUUAGAGGUACCUCCAGUCAUGUUAACACAGGAGGAAUUUUUGAAGGAAGUGAGAAAAAUUAAUCCAUUAGUUUCUUUAGAGCAUUGUAGAUACCUUGGCUUACAAUUGCAGAAUUUAGGGGAAUGUAUGCUCCUUCCUGAGAAUUUAAUAGUUUUAAGUCCAGAAUGGUUCUGGCAGGAUGUAAUAAAUUGGCAAUUAAGUCUAGAACAACGAGGACGUCUUGGUGGUCGUACUACAGGGGUUUAUGCUUUAGAAGAUUUUCAGGCUCGUUGUCCGUGUCCCGCGAGUCAGGCUUUACAAGCUCUACAGGCUGUAAAUUUAUGUGUACCGUGCGAGGUGGAUGAUGAUGAAGUAGAAUACGAAAUUCCAUGUUUAAAUUUUGUCGAGCGUUUACCUGGGUUAUGGGAACCAUGGAAAUGCUCUAAUCUUUUGCCUCAUACCGGUCUUCGUCUUUCUCCAUCCGAAGCACCUUUAUAUCAUUUAAUUGCGGUGUUUCCACAUUUACAAGCACAAUUGAGAAAAAUCACUCAAACAUGGGAUCCAUCAAAUUCAGAUUUAUAUCAAUGGUGGAGGGGAUCAAAAUUAUGUAUCGGUCCUUGUGAAAGUAUUAUUACUUUUGAAGAAAAAGAACAGAAUUGCAUAGAAAUAAGAAUACGUGGACCACGAGGCACCAGUGCUCAAUGCUUUGCACUUUUCAGCAUUAUUCUUGAUGCUAUUGAGACAACAAUCGAAUUAGUAGCCCCAGGCAUGUUGCUUGAAAGAUACUGGUUAAGUCCUAGUCAACUUCAGGAAUAUAAUGAAAUUAUACAUUCUUGGGAACCGGCACCAGUUAUAUCAGCUUUAAUUGAUAAAGGUCUUGAAGAAGCAACACUUAAAAAUCCUUUGAAUGGUAAAGAAGAAACUGUAUGGGAAAUAGUAGGUUGUGGACUACCUUUAGUAGAAAACUGUCUUCCUGGACCAAGGCAACCAGUGAAACAGAUUAAGUUUGCUGUACAAAGAAGAUUAGCACAGAUGCUCGAUCCUCCUGAUCGUCACGGAAGAGAUUGGUGUUUACUUGCUGUAAGACUAGGUUUGGGAGAUCGAGUUGCUCAAUUAGACAGUACAGUAGACAGUCCAACGUUAAGAUUACUUAACACGGCAGGUGCUGAUUGCACCGUAGGAUCUCUGAUACAACAAUUACGAGCUCUUGAUCGAGAAGAUGCUGUACAUCUUUUGCUCUCUUAUACACCGACAUAUAUAUUGUCAACGGCUACUGACUCUGAAACAGGAUCUAAUCUUUCUAGAUGACAAUAUUGCAUUUAUCAAUGGUGCAUUAAUACUUUGUGAAAGAUGGAUUUCUGAAAGGAACUUUUUUCUGUAUAUGGGUUUGAUAGACUUAUUACGUCACCGCUUCCGCCCAACAUAAAUUGUGCAUUGCUCUGUAAGCUAAGUACAUAUACAUUAUAGUACAUUCUUUAUGUACUUCUUUGGAAGUAUGUUGAAAUGCACAUGCACUGAUGUGUACUUUUAUAUCAAAAUAUUAGAGCACAUUUUAAGCGGCACAAAAUUUUUUAAAUAUAUUCUUU